AUGUCUGAGGGCAGAGUCUUUGAGCGCGUGCAAGACCUCGUGCAGAACCUCGACUCUAUUCAUACUGUCUUGCUGCUCGUCUGCCUUUGGAUGACAUGGCAAGUACUGCUCUACCUCUAUCGUCUCACAUUACAUCCUCUAGCCAAGUUCCCUGGCCCGAAGCUUGCCGCAGCAUCGUACUGGUAUGAGUAUUACUACGAUGUCUCGAAGGAGGGAAGAUUUAUCUGGAAGAUUAUGAAGCUGCAUGAGCAGUACGGCCCGGUGGUCAGGAUAAACCCGAACGAGCUUCACUUCAACGACCCGGACUUCUACGAGGAGAUCUACCAUGGCAAGAAGCACAAGACCGACCGCGACAAGUGGUUCAAUCUCGACCACAUCGGACAAGGACUCGCUUUCACCAUCGACCAUGACCUUCACGCGCGACGACGGAAUGCGCUGUCCCCAUACUUUAGCAUGCAAUCGAUUCGAGCUCUCGAACCUCGCAUCACAGAUGUUGUCGCGAUAAUGUUAGACCGGAUCCAGGAGGCGUAUCAGGACGGCAGAACGAUCAAUCUCUACCACCUGUUCACCGCGUUUGCUAUGGACAUAGUCUCCGAGUACGCCCUUGGGAAAGACCUCUCGAUGCACUUCAUGACCCACCCCGACUUUGGCAAGCAAUGGGCCGAACUUACGGUCGCGAUCCGGAUCAACAACUUUGGGAGACAUUUCAAGGGGAUAAUGGCCGUGCUGGUAUCUGUCCCGGAGUUCAUCAUGGUCAAGCUGAACCCACGCAUAGGCGGCUUCAUCGACUUCCACAAUAUUUUGAGAAAGAAGGUGCAACAAGUCUUGGAUGAGCAAGGAAGCGAAAAGUCAAAGGACGAGCCGACCACGCUGUUCCGAGAGCUGAUCAAAAGCGACCUGCCCGCCGAGGAAAAGACUCUACGACGCUUGACGGAUGAAGCCAGCAUGGUCUUGGGAGCAGGAGGGGAGACCACUGCCCAGGCCCUGGUGCGGACUUUCUACCACCUCCUCGAGAACCCACAUGUUGUCAACAGACUCAGAGCCGAGUUGACUGCUGCCAUGCCUGAACCGAACAAAAUACCGUCCUUGGCAACGCUCCAGAACCUUCCCUACCUGAAUGCGGUAGUCGACGAAGGGGUCAGGAUAGCAUUCCCCGUGCCAGCAAGGUCGCCGAGGGUGUUUCAUGAUCAUACCCUGCAUUAUGACAAAUGGACAAUCCAGCCUGGGACUGCCGUCUCCAUGUCGCCUUGGAUGGUCAUGAUGAGCGACAAGAUAUUCCCCGAUCCUUUCAAGUUCGACCCGGAGAGGUGGCUCGGAAACAAGGAGUUGCGCAAAUAUCAGGUCGCUUUCUCCAAGGGGAGAAGGGCCUGUCUCGGAAUCAACCUUGCCUAUGCUGAGAUGUUGUUUGCAAUUGCAUUGAUCAUCCGCAACUUCGAGUUGGAAUUGUUCGAGACGACGUGGGAAGAUGUGGAGAUUGUGCAUGACUUCUUCGUGGCGCUUCCAAGGUUCGAUAGAAACGGUGUACGCGUCAAGGUGAAGAAAGAGUUGUCUUAG